AUGACGGAAGGAAAUCUGGCUCUCGUUUCAUAUGGCCCUAUCAGUUCUGGUCAAUGGAAAUUAGAAUCCGUCAUCCCUCGUGCCGUCAAGAGUGACGAGCUGUUGAUUCGUAUGGUUGCUACGGGCAUUUGCCGUGCCGACAUUCACUUUGGAGACUUUGCCCUUGAGGAGACUGCCACGAAUCCAGCGGCAUUUUAUCCUCGUGUGAUGGGCCAUGAAGGUGCAGGCUAUGUGGAAAUGGUCGGGAGCUCAGUGAAAGGGUUUAACCCCGGUGAUCCCGUUAUUCUUUCGAUAAUGUCCUGUGGGGAGUGCUACAACUGCGAUGCCAAACACCCAGCAUAUUGCACCAAAUCCUUCGAAUGCAAUUUCCUCGGUGAUCAAAAUGUCUAUGCCAGCCAGGGCAAGUCAAGCUUCGACAUCGCUGGUGCAUUUUUCGGACAGUCUAGCUUUUCUGCCAAGGCAAUCGUGAAAGAAGUAUGCGUUGUCAACCUAAAAGGACUCGAAAUCACGCAUCGUGACCUACAAAUGCUCGCCCCUAUUGGAUGCAGCGUUCAGACUGGAGCUGGAGCAUUUACCAACAUUGCCAACGUUCAACAGGAUCACGAUGUUGCAGUGCUUGGUGUAGGUGGAGUGGGUAUGAGUGCGAUUAUGGCAGCUGCAAUUAUUGGCUGCAAGACGAUAAUUGCAAUUGAUAAUGUUCCAUCUCGCUUACAUGUAGCAAAGUCCCUGGGUGCCACCCACGCAAUCGAUACCUCAGACUCGAAAGUUGAUCUCGUGGCUGAGGUUUUGAAGAUUACAGACGGCCGAGGAGUACACGUAUCCCUUGAUACAACUGGCGUCCAGCGACUGGCUAGACAGUGGUGGAACUUUGUGCGCUUUCAGGGUAAAGUUUUACAGGUUGGGUUGGCGAAACCAGGCGACCAGUGGAAUGUGUCCAUGGCCGACCACAUGAAUACAGGGCGCCAGAUUAUUGGCUGCGUUCAGGGCGAUUCAAUUCCACAGAUAUACUUGCGAGAUCUCGUGUCUUGGUAUCUCGAUGGAAAGCUUCCAGUUGACAAAAUGGUCCGCCCUUAUCCGAUCGCAGACUGGCGGCAAGCAGUGGAGGAUAUGCAAACUGGGACUACCAUAAAGCCUGUUCUAGUUUGGCCAGAUGAACGAUCAUCAAAAAUAUAG